UAAUACGUGGAAUUCGAAUAAACAAAACAACUUGUUUUAAAAUUCCGUCCACGACAACCCGCAAACACCCUGUAGAAACCGGUAUGUCUCCUUGACCCAUAGAUAUGGUGAAGAAAGUCUUGCAAGUAAUAAACUGACCAACAAGGAAGGCAACGCGGCAGUGUAGAGAAAGAAAGUGGCGUAGAAGAUUUAGUAUCGAAAAUUCGCCAAGAUGGUGGUUACAGUGAGGAGGUUUUUAUCAAUUUUUGUGAUUUUCGUGUUGUGUUUUAGUGAAAAAACAGUUAAAAGUCAAAGAAAACAAACAGACGCGAACGAUGAUAAAAAAGGGGAGGCAUUUCAAUGUCCUCAUAGUACAGGAAAUGGCAACUACGCAGAUCCCGUUACGUGUAAAAGAUUUUAUCAGUGCGUCGAUGGUUAUCCCUACGUAAACAGAUGCCCUUCGGGGUUAUAUUUCGACGACGUGUCCAAAUUUUGUACGUUUAAAAACGAAGCAAGAUGCGGACCGUUGGCUUCGACUCCCGCCCCAAUUACCGAAGAACCCGUAGAUUUAGCCACUAAAUGCGACCCGGAAAAAUGUAAUUUACCUUAUUGUUUCUGUUCCAAAGAUGGCACUACUAUUCCAGGCGGAUUAGACCAGGAAGAUACGCCCCAAAUGAUUUUAUUAACUUUCGACGGAGCCGUGAAUCUCAAUAAUUACGAUCAUUACAGAAAAGUUUUGAAUCGCAAGAGACAGAACCCGAACGGUUGUUUUAUACGGGGGACGUUCUUUAUAUCGCACGAAUACAGUAAUUAUCACAUGAUACAAGAAUUAGCCAGCGAAGGCCACGAAAUCGCCACCGAAACCAUCUCGUUGCAGAGCGGCUUGGAAAAUAAGGGUUACGAAGAAUGGGUGGGAGAAAUGGUCGGCAUGAGAGAUAUUCUCAAACAUCUAUCGAAUAUUUCGAAAAGCGAAGUUGUUGGUAUGAGGGCGCCGUUCCUAAAACCGGGACGCAACACUCAAUACAAGGUUCUGGAGGAGUUCGGGUACAUUUACGACAGUUCCAUAGGAGCACCAGCUCUCCCUAUCCCGGUAUGGCCGUACACUUUGGAUUACAAAAUUCCCCACGAAUGCAAAUCCGGCACGUGUCCAACGAAAACAUUCCCAGGUGUUUGGGAAGUACCUCUAAACACCCACUACGUAGAAGGCUACGAAGGCGGUCAUUGUCCCUAUUUGGACCAAUGCGUGCUGCACAACCACGACGCCGACGACGUCUUCGAAUGGUUGCAAGAAGACUUCCUCAGAUAUUACGAUCAAAACAGAGCCCCCUACAUGAUGCCCUUCCACACCAAUUGGUUCUCCAUCAAAGAAUUAGAACAAGGUCUACACAAAUUCCUCAAUUGGGUACAAACUUUACCGGACGUUUGGUUCGUCACCACCACGCAAGCCUUGACGUGGAUGACGGAUCCUAAGCCCGUCGCUCAAUUAAAUAAAUACGAACCGUGGGAUUGUAGAAAAAACGAAAAUUUGCCGCCGAAACCUUGUAAGGUGCCCAAUAAGUGCGCUUUAGCUUUUAAACGACCGGAACUUAACGUGACCGACACUAGGUAUUUGGAAACUUGUAACGAUUGUCCGAACGCUUAUCCUUGGUUGGACGACGCCAGCGGCUCCGGUAUACCCGGAAAAGACAACUACGUACCCGAUAACGUUAGAAAAUGAUCGGAUAUUUAAACUAAAACACUUUAAACACCACCCGUAUUUAGAUUUUUUUCAAUCGAACAACUUGUAUUUUUUGGAAGCUACCCCGUACCUAAAUUUUCUUUCAAAAUAUUCAAAUUUAUCAGUAUUCUUACAAAUUCCCCUGUAUUUUUAUAAAAAAAAAAACAAA